CUAAUACUUAAUUAUGAGUUCAACAAUAACUAGUAAUCAAUUAAUGUCCAGACAAUCGUUUAGCCGAUUCGGUGAUGAUUUGGCUCAACUAAUACUGUCUUAUCUGCCAAUUGAUGCCAAAUUUCGCCAUCAAUUUCUCAGUCGUCAGUUUCGUCGAGUUUUGUUUGACACACAAACAGAUUUACGAUUUGAUGAUAAACUGGUGGAAAAUUUUGGACUAAAGAAACUCAACAGAGAUGUCCAUCUGUUUGAGGCUAUCGUCAAGAAGUGUCCAAACAUAACACGUAUUGUAUUGGACUACAAGUAUUUACCUGAUUUGACCAACUAUUACAUGUAUCUGAUGAUCAAACACUGUCACCGAUUGAAACACUUGACCGUUGGCUAUAACAGCGAGUGCAGCGGUCGACUCAUGGAUUCGUUGAGCCGGUCGUAUGUCAAACGCUUUUUCCGUACGUUUGCCGUACAGUUGAAGUCGUUUGAAAUCGACAUCUUUUAUGAGCCAAUCAACAAAUGGUUUGGUAAGAAACACAUCCAACGGUUCCAAUCGCUGGAGAAGCUAUCAUUGGCGCCAUACUAUUACGACGCCCACAAGUUUUGCGAAGAAACACGACAUCCCUUCACAUGGAUUUUACCGCCGACACUGCGAUCGGUUAGUCUGGAAGUGUCGACACAAUAUUUGAAAUAUUUAUCGGUGUUCGUUGCCAAUUAUGACCAGAAAAUUACGGCAUUAUCGGUAAAAUUACUAGACUUUCACGAAAAUUUUCUGCUAAUACCGUCAUUGGCAGCAUUGUUGUCACGGUUUCGGUUACUAAACAAAUUAACAUUACGACCGCAAGGAUCCUAUUUUCGACAGUUUCCCAAAUAUAUUCACAGCGAUUAUAUUAUUGAUUUGAUCCGCGAUAUGGGCGCCAACUGUCCACUACUGAAGUCGGUUACUGUCGACGGUAUCAAUAUAAACGACACACUAUUUACUCGUCUGAUCGAUACAAUAGCCCGACAUAUGCACCGAUUAAGACAACUUAAUCUUCAUGUUAUCACUUCAGUCGAAAAUAUGAGUCAAAACAUGAAUCCACUGUUAAAGUCGUCGAUGAAAAAGUUGCCACAAUUAACACAUUUUUCUCUACGCUGUUACGCCACAGAUAUACCAAUUGAUGAUAAAUUUUUCGAUGAUAUCCAUCUCCAACUGCCGCGACUACAGUAUCUCGAUCUCCGAGACUGUAGUCUAACGGCACAGACAAUGCGAUCGUUGGCCAAACUAAAACAUUUGCGCGCCGUUCGCCUAUACGGUUGUCUACACCCGCCGGUGUCCGUCAAUGUUAUCACUGAUGAGCUGAUCCGUAAACAGGCAAACAUUACAUCGGUUUUUAUUUCCUAUAGAUUUCCUUCAAAUAUAUUUAUACAUGCAAACACUGAUCUCCGUAUACUUCAAGUGAUAGCAGGUGUGGUCACACCCGAUAUCUGCGGUAUUAGGGAUAUGCAAACAGUGUUACGAGUCCUUCAAAUAUCUAAACGAUCUCUAGCUAUAACACAAUUCACUACUAAUGCUAUUGGUUUUCUGGUAUUGGUAUUGGUACUGAUAAUUUUCUAUGACUUGAAUCGUACGGUUAAUUGUCGAAUAAUUAUCGGAGAUUUAGACUAUUUUAUGAAUAGCGGAAACAUUGUCAAUACUAUUGGUUUACUAUCGGGAAUACUAUUAUUUGGUUCACAACUAAUCAAUUACUUGAACUAUACUACGGCUAAUUCAUGCACUGAUCUUCGUGUGCUUCAAGUGAUGGCCGGUGUGGUCACACCCGACAGUUGCGGUAUUAGUGAUAGUCAUACAGUGGUACGAUUGCGAUACGUUUGCAAACUAUCGUUAUUAAUCACACGGAAACUGAAUACAGUCUACAAUGAGAUCAAUGAUUAUAAUGGUAUCUAUUGGUCCAAAUUUUUGGCUCUCUUAUGGUUAUCUCUGGGAUCCAUAAUAUCAAUGCUAUUGUAUAUGGUUUAA